AUGGCUCUGUUGAAAAAACCUGAAAACUGCAAAGUUUUGGAGGGGUACCGAAUGGUUGUUGAAAGAGGAAAGGAGAGAUUGAGGCGAAAGCGGAACAGAGGGAGUUUAAUCAGUGAAAAGCCCCUUGCUGUUCCUGUUGCUCCUCCUACCAUCUCAGGACACAAAUUUCUCAUUCCUUCCUCGACCUCGAUCUUCCUCGACCUCGAUCUUCCUCACGCGAUUGUGAACUUGCCCAACUUGUCAGUCGAACUCACUCACUACCGCAUUGUACAAUUUUUCCG